ACCCCCAACCCAGGCUAACCCAGGCGCAGAAGCACGCCGGCACUCGGCCAAAGCACUGCGGCAAAGCCAGGCCUCUAGGCUCAAGCAGCGUCUCUCGUACGCCUGCGUACGCCCGCACCGAACCACUGCCCGAGUAGAGCGUUCGCUGCGUUCGCCCGCGCGCGUCAGUGUGUGUGCGUUAGUGAUUGAGUGUGAGUGUGCGCCACCGUGCCAGUGUGCCACCCUGCUAAGGACCAAGGAUCCCGGCUGGAUGCUGGGGCAGCCGCCGAAGGCCCUCGCAGUGACUGACGCACGCCGGCCGCACCUUCCUUCAGCCUCAGUGAGUGCAGCGUGCAAAGCGUGCAAAGUGCGCAAAGCCUGCGGAGCGUGCGGAGACACCAAGUCGGCGGCUCUAACUCGGCCAGAGACGAAAACACCACGCGUUCGGCCGCUGAUGCAGUGACACUGUAACUCUCCCUGCAAGCGCAGCCAGCGCAGCCAUGACCACCAGAAUGCUGGCCGCCUUCGACGUGAUGGGCGACAUCUCGCCAGUGUCGACGGCGCCCCUCAACGGACAGGCCAACGGACACGUCAACGGACAGGCCAAUGGACAGGCCAACGGACACGUCAACGGACAGGCCAAUGGACUGGCCAACGGACACGUCAACGGACAGGCCAACGGACACGUCAACGGACAGGCCAACGGACACACGAACGGUCACGUCAACGGACACGUCAACGGACACGUCAACGGAAACGGCUACGCGAACGGACGCGCCAACGGGUCGGCGCCGACCAGCCCCGUCAAAGCCAACGGCAGCCCGGCCAAGAAGCUGUCCAUCGUGGACCCUCUCAGCAUCAACAAUAACAACAAUAACAACCUGCCCAAGAAGUCCCACAUGCUGACCAAGCAGCAGACGCAGUCCGUGUUCCCCCGCCGGCCCGCCGUCAACCUGCAGUUCAGCGAGGUCACCUGCAGCAUGAUGGACAUCGACUUCGGCAAGCGGAGACUGCGUCGGAAGCAGAUCCUCCAUGGCGUGUCCGGGGAGUUCCGGUCCGGGGAGCUGACGGCGAUCAUGGGCCCGUCGGGCGCCGGCAAGUCCACCCUGCUCAACAUCCUGGCCGGCUUCAAGCUGCGCGGCUCCGGCGGCAAGGUGGCCGUCAACGGGCAGGUGCGCGACGACCGGCAGCCCCAGGCCUUCCGCCGCCUGUGCUGCUACAUCCAGCAGGACGACGCGCUGCGGCCCCUGCUGCUCGUCGACGAGCUCAUGAUGCUGGCCGCCAACCUCAAGCUGGGCUACACCGUCUCGGGGACGUCCAAGCGCCACAAGGUGCACGAGAUCCUGUCCAUGCUGGGCCUGCAGGCGCACAAGCAGACCCCCGCCGGCAGGCUGUCGGGCGGCCAGAAGAAGCGCCUGUCCAUCGCCCUGGAGCUGCUCAGCAACCCGCCCAUCAUCUUCCUGGACGAGCCCACCACUGGCCUGGACUCUUCCUCCACCACGCAGUGCAUCUCGCUGCUCAAGAGCCUGGCGGCCGACGGGCGCACCAUCGUGUGCACCAUCCACCAGCCGUCCGCCCUGCUCUUCGAGAUGUUCGACCAGCUGUACGCCGUGGCAGCGGGACGCUGCGUGUACCAGGGCGACACCAAGGGCCUGCUGCCCUUCCUCGCCCAGCAGGGCAUGCUGUGCCCGCCCUACCACAACCCUGCCGACUUCCUGAUGGAGGUGUCAUCUGGAGACUUGGGCGGUGUGGGAGUGGUAGGUCUCUCUGAGGCAGCUGCAAAGAAUGCUUCUCGAAAUCCAGUGGUCCUCCCAGGCACUGGUCUGACAAUGCUGGAUGAUGGUGUGACAUGUCCGCCACCUCCUGCCCCAAUGGCGAUGCAGUUCUAUCUCCUGCUGAUGAGAAACAUCACUAUUAUGAGAAGAAGCUGGAGUUCAUUAGCCUUACGAGCAUUCAUGCACAUCUUCAUUGGUUUGGUUUUUGGCUACCUUUAUCGGGGCGUCGGAGACAAUGCUAAUGAUGUACUAGCUAAUGUGGUGUACCUUUAUGGAUCAAACUUGUUUUUGGUUUAUACUGGUCAGAUGGCUGUGACGCUAGCAUUUCCAUUAGAAGUGGAAAUUCUGACCCGUGAGCAUUACAACCGUUGGUACUCGCUAGCACCUUAUUUACUAUCAACUCUUCUCGUGGAGCUUCCACUUCAGGCUGUCUUGUGUGCAACUUACUUGGCACCGUCAAUUUUGCUAACCCAGCAACCUUUUGAUCUGGUUCGCAUUGUUCACUUUUACACUUUUGCAACCUUGGCGUCACUGACUGCUCAGGGCUGCGGUUUCCUCUUUGGCGCAACAACCCCAAUCACUAUAUCUGUUUUCCUGGGUCCUGUUUUUGCUGUGCUGCUCUCCAUUUUUGGAUUCUGUAUUUGGUUCAGAGACAUCCCUUACAUGUUCAAGUGGCUGUACUACAUCUCCUACUUCAGGGCUGCUUUCCAGGGUUGUGUUUAUGCAAUGUAUGCACUUGGGCGUGAGAACAUGCCCUGUCCUCCAAGAGACAAGCCACACACACAGGGGAUCAACUACUGCCACUACAAGGCUCCCAAAAAAAUCCUUAAUGAAAUGGAUAUUUCUGAUAUCAAUUUUUGGAACAACUCGGGAACAAUUGUUGCCUUUUGUGCAAUCAUUUACAUAAUAACAGUAUUUGUGGUUUGGUUCAGGCUUAACAGACGUUAACUUGAUUGUUGCAUAAAAGUUGACAGAUUGUGAUAAGUGGGCCAUGGUGAUUUAGGUAGUCAUUUAUGUAGCUUUUUGGAGAGAGAGAGAGAGAGUAAGAGAUCUUUUGGAAAACCAAUGUAUCACAUUGGUAUCGAUUUGACAACAAUUUUGACAAUCUUCCACUUCUUGGAAGAAGCGCUUCUGUGCAUAAAAUUUUCAUCCGUUUUGUUACUUACUGAAACUCUUUUAGUUUGUUAAAUCUCAAAUGAACCAAGUGUUUUUAUUUAUAGGAUACCUUAAGUAAAAUUUAUUAUGGUAUUAUGUUACAAGUGAACAUACUUUCUCUUUGAAAAGCUGAAAAUUGUGAUAUUGUGUAAAGCUAUAGUUACUAGUCUUAGCUUAAUUCUGAUAUCAAUUUUCUGGAUGCUGUCAGAUGUAACUUCUGACAAUGGUAGUUGUUUUUUGUUAUUUUAUAAUUUUGUCUUGUCUAAUGUAGAGGGAAGCCAAAUCAAUCCUGUAUUAGAAAUAUACAUUUCAACAUGUGAAAAAGAGAGCCAAAGAUCAAAAGAGCCGGCCAUAUUUUACAUAGCACCGAUUACAAUAGCUCUGUCUAUUUUUGAUAUUUCAUUAAUGAUUAUGUUGUGGUCCUACGCUCAAAGCAAGUACCUCGAAACCACAAGAUUAUUCAAUUUGCUAUGCUAUAAUAUAUUACCUUUUCCAGUGAAGAAUACAGUGAAUUGAAUUUGUACAAGAUAUGCUGCUGUAAAUAGUGAUUUAUUCUAUGCAUUCAUUACUUCAUUCAGUCACCCAGCUUCUCUAUUGAGUCCCUAGACUACUUUCAUCCUUUCCUUCACCCAUUCCUCUCUUGUACAUACUUCCACUUCACAUGUGUAGGUUGGGUAUGUGUGCUCUUGUACCCUUCUUAUGUACAUAAUUUUUUUUUGUGACGGACAGUUAUUUCUUUUGUGUUUUCUAUUAUGUUCUGUCUAUGUCAACAUUUAUUUGUCUCCUGUAUAUUUUUUCAAACUGCUGUUCUGUGCAGGGAAAAACCAUCUUUUUUUUUCAUCUGUGAGGCUAUUACUUUUACCCUUAGAUUUUUAAUAAACAAGAUUGUUUCUAUUUUAAUUUAUCAACUGUCAUUACUCUGACAGAAAGCUUGCCAGUAAACUUUGUGUACCUGUUUGCUUUGUGUUGAAGUGGAUCAUGAAUGAUUCUCAAAGAUUUGUGGAAUAAUGUGAUGUGCUGAACCAUUGUGAUAUUGGAGCAAGCUUUUGUUUAUUGUAUAUUCUUUUGCUGUAUGUGUGAUAAUGUAAUUCUUCACCAUUAAUCAUAUGUUUUUGUAAUUUAUUAUUCAUACAGAAAUAGAUAUUCCUCUACUUCUUUAA